GUUUGGGUGUGUUUUUAUUUUGCUGCUCGUGCAAAAUUUCUCCAUGCGGGCCACAAGUUAAUUGCAAACAAGUGAACAAAAAGGGCAGGCAAAAACGUAAUCGUAAUCGAAUGCAAAGAUUAACUGCACAUGCAAAACUACAACUGUGUGUGCGUAUUUGUGUAACUGUGUGUAUCUGUGUGAGUGCGUGAGCAAAAAAAAAAAAACGCAGAUACGAGUUGUAUAAUCGCCAAAACUUGUUGAAUUCGCUGCCUCCCUCGCACUUCUGUGUGUGAGUGUAAAUUAAUAAGCUACCUACAAAAGAUACACAAAGAAACUAAAGCAACAACAACAACAACAGCAACUACUGAGACGACGUCAUGCAGGCAAUCAAAUGUGUUGUUGUUGGCGACGGCGCCGUGGGCAAGACGUGCCUGCUGAUCAGCUAUACGACGAAUGCCUUCCCCGGCGAAUAUAUACCAACUGUAUUCGAUAACUAUUCGGCGAAUGUGAUGGUCGAUGCGAAACCGAUUAAUCUCGGCCUGUGGGAUACGGCCGGGCAGGAGGAUUAUGAUAGGCUGCGACCGCUCUCGUAUCCGCAGACGGACGUAUUUCUCAUUUGCUUCUCGCUGGUGAAUCCCGCCUCCUUUGAGAAUGUGCGCGCCAAAUGGUUUCCCGAGGUGCGUCAUCAUUGCAACAAUGUGCCCAUCAUUCUGGUGGGUACAAAGCUCGAUUUGCGCGACGAUAAACAGACCAUUGAGAAGCUGAAGGACAAGAAGCUCACGCCCAUUACCUAUCCCCAGGGCUUGGCCAUGGCCAAGGAAAUCGCCGCUGUCAAAUAUUUGGAGUGCUCGGCGCUGACGCAGAAGGGUCUGAAAACGGUCUUUGAUGAGGCCAUCCGCUCGGUGCUCUGCCCGCCCAUACGUAACACACGCAAACGCAAAUGCAUACUGCUCUAGAUGAGUGCGAGGGAGGGGGCGCAGCAGCAAAGUGCACUAAAUAGUUUGUCGCUGCGCGAGCGAGAAGGAGAGUGAGAGAAGGGAGCGAAAAAGCUUGCGAAAAAUCAUUCGCUUUAGUUACAGUUACAAUUACAGCUACAUACAUGUGUGUGCGUGCGUGCGUGCGUGCGAGAGAGUGGGUGAGCAUAGCCACGCACAAGAACAAAGUAUUCUUUUUGUUUUUGUUUGUCUAGUAACAUGUGUGUGUGUGUGUGUGUGUAGGGGGGCAACGCAUUAAAUUAGAGGGGGGCCAGAGUUGACAGGCAUUAGCAACAUAUGCAUAUAAACAUGUGUAUAUGCAUAUAUACAGCAACAAUUGUAUGACAAAUGCGUUGAAAAAUUCGUUUGAAAUGAUAUACAAAUAAAUUGCUAUAAUUAAUUGUAAAUAAAUCUUGAUGAUUUGAAACUUGGCGCAAAGCAAUACGCAACGAUAACGGCUUAUCAAACCGAACAAAUUUGUUGCACAUGCCUAUAAAUACACACAUGAGAAAAUAAAAAUAAAAAAAAAACAUGCCUCUUUUCAAGCAAAUUGAUUAAUUUUCAUGAAAUUUAAACAUAAACUUAUUAAUUCACGCCGUUGUGCUUCCAAAUGUGCAAAGUGCAAUAAAGCAAAAGCAAAAGCAAUAAUAAUAAUAUUAAUAAUAAUGAUAAUA